AUGUCUGUGACUGGUCACAACAUGUCUGUUACUGGUCACAACAUGUCUGUUACUGGUCACAACAUGUCUGUGACUGGUCAUAACAUGUCUGUGACUCGUCACAACAUGUCUGUGACUGGUCAUAACAUGUCUGUGACUGGUCAUAACAUGUCUGUGACUGGUCACAACAUGUCUGUGACUGGUCAUAACAUGUCUCUGACUCGUCACAACAUGUCUGUGACUGGUCAUAACAUGUCUGUGACUGGUCAUAACAUGUCUGUGACUGGUCACAACAUGUCUGUGACUGGUCAUAACAUGUCUGUGACUGGUCACAACAUGUCUGUGACUGGUCACAACAUGUCUGUGACUGGUCACAACAUGUCUGUGACUGGUCACAACAUGUCUGUGACUGGUCACAACAUGUCUAUGUGA